GUAACGGAGAACAUACGAGGAACUGUCGGUUUGUGAACAGGAACAGCCCGGUUGUGGUGAAGUGACUCUUAUUCACGAGCAGUCAGCAGAGUGAAUCAAACAGCAGCUGCCUCCGUCUGUGCUGGAAGCUGGCGUUUAUGCUGCAGAGGAAACACUAGAGUUCUUGGAGAUGGAUGUGAAGACGGUGCUUCUCUUGGUGGCAGGGAUGUUAGACUCUGCAGCCUGUAAUCCCAAACACAGCCUGGUCACGGAUUUGUUUCGCAACUACGACAAACGUGUUGAACCUUUCGGGCCUAACGAGACACUGAACGUGUGGAUGGACGUUACCCUGGUCGAGGUGUCCGACAUCGACGAGAGAAAGCAAGUGAUGACGACAAAUUGCUGGAUAACUUUGAGAUGGAGGGAUGCAUCAUUGGCAUGGCAACAGGAAGAACAUGAUAACGUGACCGACCUACGGAUCCCAUCCGAUGCCAUAUGGACGCCUGACAUUCGAAUACAUAACUCAGUGGAAGUAAACAACCAAAUGUCGCCCAGCGAGCACAACAACGCAAUAGUACAUUUAAGUGGAGAAGUAGUAGUGAUUUAUCAGGUCAUCUUAAAAACGUUGUGUACAAUUGACGUUGCCUACUUCCCCAUGGAUCAACAACACUGUCAGAUGAGGUUCAUGUCGUGGACAUCCAGUGGUGAUCAACUAAAUCUCACAAAUGGUGAAAGUGGAGACGGAGGUUUAAAUGACUACAUUGGCAAUGCGGAAUGGGACAUGGUCUCCUUCAAGAAAAGUCGUCAGGUCACAUAUUACUCAUGUUGCCCCGAGCCCUACCUCACAUUGACGUACCGAGUGGUCGUGAGACGGAGGCCAUUGUUCUUCCUAGUUAAUCUAAUGAUGCCCUGUCUAGUCAUCACGUUGGUUGCUCUGCUGGGACUUCUGGUGCCGAAUGAAUCUGGAGAGAAAAUAUCCAUAGGAAUCACGUCUCUCCUGGCAAUGAUAGCAUUGUUGAUUGUUAUCUCGACAAUAUUGCCACCGACGUCUUUAGCGAUUCCUCUUAUUGGUAAGUACUACGCUGUCAGUAUCCUCAUUGUGUCGCUGAGUACAGGCCUGGCCGUGCUCACUCUCAAUAUUCAUCACCGAGGACCGAGAGGACACAAACUGCCAAGGCUUGUGAAAACUGUGUGCUUCAGUUUUCUUGCCAGGAUCCUGUUCAUCAAAAUAGACGUGCCAGAGUCUGACGACCAGGAAAUGGCACGAUAUGCCGCUUAUGACGAGGCCAACCAUGCAGACAAACCUGCACCCACCCUGAGCCUGACGGAGGGACAGCAGGCUGGCGGGACUAACGUGGUGGAUGUUCUCAACCGGCUACUCCACACAGUAGAGCAGGCCAUAGGGCUGCAGAAGAGGAGGGUCGCCAAACAAGACAGCCUUGACCAGAUUACAUAUGAAUAGAAGCAGCUGGCCAUUGUUCUCGAACGCGCUCUGACAAUCAUAUUUCUCUUCGUCACUGUUUUCACGACGGUUGCAAUGUUUUCCUAGACUCUAGACGUGGGUGGAACCUGGUGGUAAAGUGUUCGCUUGUCAGACAGCAGACCUGGCUUCUAUUCCCCGUAUAGGUACGACGCUUAUUUUGUCCAGUGAUUAUAUCACUUUCUUGGUUUCAAGUGCCCAUAUUGUGUUGUGUGUGUGGAGUACUUGGUGUUCCUUGUUGCUGGUAUGUUGCUGAAAGAGGCGUACAACACCAAUGACCCUAGCAACCAUUAGGCUUGCAUGGCGACGGGCACCAGUAUCAUUUGUUCGGUGCUCGGAGGUUGCCAUAGGGUAGCUGUAUUUUCUUCAGAAAUUCGCUUUAGGAUUUGUAUAUCGUCACUUAAAUAUGCAUGAUGGAACUAAGUACAUUAGAAAAGUGGGUAUUGUUUUUUGUGGUCACUAUUUACAUGUUAUUUCGAUUUGCAAUGUUUGAUUCGUAAACUUUAUGACUGAUUAUUUUGAAGUUGCGAACAUUUAUUAUCUAGAUCAUUCAAUUCAAUUCAAUUAUUACAAGUUAUAUUGGAUAUCCUUUCUCACCUGACUGAACAUCGAGUGAGCUUAUGUCGCAGCCUGUUUGCCCGUGGUCCGCCAUCAACAUCGUCACAUCGUUUCAUGGUUCGUCCUAUCCAUGACGACCCCACAUUUGUUCAAGAGGUUCGAAUCCAGUUUAUAGCUUUUUAUGGCCACUACUCAGCUCUUUUGUGUUCAAAAUGGAAUACAAUUUGCUACAUGUUUAAUUAAUGUUUGGGCUGAACAUAUGUUUUCCGUGUUUCGAAAUAGUUUUGCCAUGGUAUUGACCUUAUUGUUUUGGCAAUGUUCUGAUAUUUGCGUAAAAUGAAUAUUUGACUUCUGUAAACUGGAAUACCCAUACAAAAGAAGCUGAACUUUCAUGUAUGUUUUCUCUCACAGUGACAUCAUAAUUUGUUCAAAUCCUUGUUGGAUUUUAGUGUCAGGGUUUAGUCCUGACUGUAUAUGUAGAAAGUAUUUGAAUAUCAAUGCUGACGGAAACUGUUGUUUAGAUGUCCGUUCCCGUUACAAUUAUUACAUAUGAUGUCAACAAUGUCAUUAUUCAGCAUAUUUUAAUAACCUGUCACAGUCAAAGUGUUAAAUGUGAUUCACUCAGGCAGUUUACAAAAUGCCUACACAUUUCAGUUAUUUUACAAAUUGACUGAUAAGUUGAUUUAUGUGACUGAUUGACUGAAGUGAAGAUUAUUAAGAAGCUGAAAGGGUAAUUGUGUUCUGCAUCGAGCUGACCAGCCCUGCCACAAUAGUCUCUGCAACCAGAACGUCUCCAAGCAAACGCUUUCCAUCACAAGUUGCUGCAUGACAUUGGCGUUUCGUUCCUCACCAGGAACAUUAAUCCUUGAUUUCGCAGUUUGAAUGGUUGAGCCACAAUUAAAGCAUAUGUGUCAGCUUUCUGAACCAUGGCUGUCUUUUCCACAACAGUGCUACUAGCGUGGUGUGGUCUUCCUGGGCCUCAAGCAUGUCAAGGAUCUGCGGAUCAUCCUGAAUGGUGGAUGGACAAAAUGGGUCAGCUGUUCCCAGUCCUGUUGGGCUGACGCAUCUAUGCCUUAUGUUGAGGGGUCUAAGACCCUGCUGUUGUACAAAGGUAGCUGUGUGCACGUGUUGACUAUUGAAGCUAACCUGUCCACGCGGUGAGGUUCCUACAUGUGAUCAAGAAGCUUGAAAAAGUUUGGCUGCAGUUGCCAUUCGUACUGCGGGUUCAGCUGGGGUCAGCUGUCUGCUUCUUCACUGUCAAUGCCCUGCAAUACUUGGCGGUUAUGUUUAACCCUAACCCCAAAGCUCGUCCCCAUAUGCCCGAAACUAUUUGGUUCAGCUUUCAGCAAGGGCUACCCGGGAGGUUUAUUGUUAGCCACUGUCACUGUAGUCUUAUUAUAGCAUUUAGAAGUGAGUGAUACACAAUUUCUUUAUCAUAAGAAACACGUUGUUUCAGAGUAUAUGAUUACUCCUUCAUCAGGUAAAUGCAUUUUAGGAAGCUUAGAGCUUACAUAUUUACAUGUAAAAACAACCACCCAACCCAUCAACCUCGAUGACUUUAAUGGAUAUUUUGUUGCUUGGUUGCCUUUUCUUCUACAAAAGCCUUUGAAUUAUUACAAAAUGAAAUUACUACACAAUAACCACCACCACCCACAACAUCAACAACAACAACAUCACUACAACUACUACUACUACUACUACUUGAGUUAAGUUGCGUCCCCCGGGCACGCCAUAAACCUAUGGUCGUGGGUUCGA